ACUUUGCAAAAUUUAAACCAAUAUUCACAUAUAAUAUGUCAUUCGUAUAUAAAAAUAAAUUUGAUAAAAACGAAAUUACAAAAUGGACGUUAACAAAAAAAUGAAAACGUCUUGCCAUUUUUUUAUAUUCCAUGAAUAUUAUGAUAUGUAAUAUGAUCAUAUUGAAUGAUGGAGUACUUGAUAAACAUAAAUACAAUGAAUACGUAAAAGCAAACGCGAAUCUAAUGGAUUUAAAAAUAAUGUCUCAUCAAAUAUAUACUGCACCAGAAACUAUGAAAGCUGAUCUAGAAACAUUGAAUUUUAAUUUAAACAUUAAUUACACUGCUCCAACCCCCGCACCUCCAUCGGAGCCAUAUAGAUGUACUGCUCCAGUUGCUAUGUAUCAAAUUGAUGUUGUUGGUAGAACAUUGCACGAUAUUGUUAAAGAAGCUCGUAUAAAAGAACAAUAUUUUGAAGGUAUGGCAUGGAUCCGAAAUGUAAUUGAAAGCAUUGGAAUAUCUUUGCUAAUUAAUUAUUGUAAAAUUAUUAAAAUGUUGUUAAAUAUAUUACAUGUCAAAUUAAAAGGUAUAAUGAAAGAAUACACAAAUCAAAUAGUGAAAUUGAAGGCAAAGUUUGAAGAAUAUCUCAUACGUACUGAGCCAAUAGACAAAUUUGUAGAAAAUGUAAAUAAAUAUUCACAAGUGAAACCGUGCACAAAGUCAAAAACCAUAUUUCAAAAUGACUGUAAUGAAUUUAUUAAUCGUUAUUCAAAUUGCAGUAAUUUAGUGCGUCUACAAGAGUGGAAUAAUUUGGACUUUUCAAAUGAAAAAUGUGCACUAUGCACGACACUUCGUAAGAUGUUUUUUUUUAAUAGAAUAAUUCGUCAAAGUAUGCCAAAAAAAUGUACAAUAAUACAAUAAAAUAAAAACUAAAUACAUUUGUUUGAAUUAUUUUUACGUAAAAUAUUUUUAGGAUUUUCAUUUUGCAGUUAUUUAGUGAGUGUACCUGAGUAGGAUUCUUUAAAUACAACAACAAGUAGUGA